CUCUCCCCAUUCCUCUCUCUGAUGAAGGGCCUAGGCCUGAGACAUCAGCUUUUGAGAUCCUAAGAUGCUGCUCGGCCUGCUGUGUGCAUUCAGCUUCACACUUUGUUAUCGAACAAAUGCGACACAUUCCAUUGGUGGCCGAUCUGUUGUUGCAGAUGCCACGAGUGAGAUUCAGGACAUUGUCCAGUCAGUGAAGCCUACGGUUGAGAAACAUUUGCACAGAUCUCUGCCGAUUUAUUGGGCAAUCUCAUAUCGCUCACAAGUAGCAGCUGGAAAAAAUUACUUCAUCAAGGUGAAGCCUACAGUUGAGGAACGGUUGCACAGAUCUCUGCCGAUUUAUCGGGCAACCUCACAUCGCUCACAAUUAGAAAAUGGAACAAAUUACUUCAUCAAGGUUCAGGUAGGGGAAGCUGAUGAUUGCGUACAUUUGCAGGUGCACUUGCCACUGCCCUCUACUGGUGGGAAACCAUCACUAGUAGAUAUGCAAACAGACAAGAGGCUGUCUGAUGAGAUUGAGUUCUUCUAGGAGAGCCUCAGAACAUGGCUGCAUCUCCCUCUCCUCAUGGCUCUAUGAUGUUUGAAAAGAAAUUCCCUGCGUGUUUCAUGCCAUUUCAUCCAGACCACUGAACUGUGCCUGUCUCGCAGCUGUCCCUGAACACAAACUGACCCGAGUUGUUGAAGAAGGCAGCUCACCAACUUCCAGGCCAAUUAGUAAUUGGAGAAUAAAUGCUAGUUCUGCAUUUAAUGCUGAUGCAGGAUUAAUGCUUCAACACAAGCAGCUAAUGCACGCUUCACACAAAACACAUCCAGCCAGAAAAGGCUCAAUGCGAUGCUCAUGGAAUCUUGGUCUGUGCAAAGCCACCUCCCCUGACCCACCCAUCUCCCCCAACACCUUCAUCCCCGGACUCCAGAGCAGCUCUGCUCGCUAAAGGACAUCUGAAAAUUUGAACAGCAUCUCGAACAUGGCAAGCUGCCCUUGGAAUUCCCCCAUGCCCAAGCGCUGGUC